UAUGGGGUCAGAGGUCAGAGUUUAUUUAACAGUAGUUGUGUUUUCAGGCUCUUACCCUCUCCAGUCUCUUUUGUCUAGUCCACGUGGUCAGAGGAAGGAAGGGAGCAGAGAGGCAGGAAGGAAGGUGUCAGCCAUGCUGGAGGUGGAGCUGCCAGAGCAGGCAGACUGUAAUAUGAGAAGGGCUGAGCCCAGGAGAAGGGGCCCCACACCUCAGGAGAGAGAGAGAGUGGGGGAGAGUGAGAAUGUGAGCAUGCUCUCUCCAGUCUAUUGGACCCCUUAGCCUACAGGGAGCAGCAGCAAACCUCAGUCGGCUCUGUUGCAUAGACUGUGUAGAGCCCUCUAGAGGGACUGCUCUGUGGUGUUCAUCCAGGACUCUCGAUCUCUUUCACUCUGCUGCCUGCCUGGGAGUUCCCCCUCUCUCUCUGCCUGGAGCAGCUGCCUUCUUGACUGACUGGAUCAACCAGAGGAUACAGAAGGAGAAAAACACUGCCAGUGUUUCCUUAGCUUCCUCUUCAAUGUUCUCCCUUUCUUUCCCUCUCUCCCUGGCUGGGCUGCCUGCCCGCUGCCCAAGCUGCCUGCUAGGCUCUGGGAGCUGGAUAUACUUGUGUAACAUUCCUGAAUUAUAGCGACGUGUUUUUUGGUCUCUGUUCGGCCCACCCUCGGCUCCUCCACCCUUCCUUGGCCUUUUCCUGGGCUGCACUUUAAAGAGGAUUUUUGGCUUUUAAGACUCCAGCCUCCUGCUCUCUCUGCCGUGCUGGGGAAAGAAGAAGCGCCUGGAUCAGAGUGUGUCUGUCUGUGUGUUCUCUCUCUGGCUCUGUAUGAGGCUUCCAGCCCUCCAAGGUGUCUGUCCCUGGACUCUCAGGCUCUGAUGGAAGUAGUACAUCUGUGUUUUCAGAUGGGGGUUUAGGCAGAGACCCAGAGAAGAGGGAGAGACCGGAAAGGAGCGGCCCUCUGUUAUGGGCUGUUUUGUUUCUAUGGAAAAACCGCAAUGAAGAGUUCCCUCACUCUCUCCCUAUGUCGGGCAGUGCUAAUGUGCAGCCCGUGAACUCAUGGAAGGGGGUGCUCAAGCUCUUCACAUGCAUAGCCGCUAGAACAGCCAACAACCCCAAAGAGGUCCCCACAUUUCAAGAGAAGAAGAAAGCCUUAUUUGGGAAUCUUAUGGACGAAGAAAUGAGUCGCCAGACCGCCACAGCGCUGCCCACAGGAACCUCCAAAUGCGCCCCCUCCCAGCGCGUCCCCACCCUGUCCGGCACUACGGCCUCUAACAGCGACCUGGCCAGCCUGUUUGAGUGCCCUGUCUGCUUCGACUAUGUGUUGCCCCCCAUCCUGCAGUGCCAGAGCGGCCACCUGGUCUGCAGCAACUGCCGGCCCAAGCUCACCUGCUGCCCCACCUGCCGGGGCCCGCUGGGCUCCAUCCGGAACCUGGCCAUGGAGAAGGUGGCCAACUCGGUGCUGUUCCCCUGCAAGUACGCGUCGUCAGGCUGCGAGGUGACGCUGCCCCACACAGAUAAGGCGGAGCACGAGGAGCUGUGUGAGUUCCGGCCGUACUCCUGCCCCUGCCCAGGGGCCUCCUGUAAGUGGCAGGGCUCGUUGGACGCGGUCAUGCCCCACCUCAUGCACCAGCACAAAUCCAUCACUACGCUGCAGGGCGAGGACAUCGUGUUCCUGGCUACAGACAUUAACCUGCCUGGGGCAGUGGACUGGGUCAUGAUGCAGUCCUGCUUCGGUUUCCACUUCAUGCUGGUCCUGGAGAAGCAGGAGAAGUACGACGGCCACCAGCAGUUCUUUGCCAUCGUGCAGCUGAUCGGCACGCGGAAGCAGGCAGAGAACUUUGCCUACCGCCUGGAGCUCAACGGGCACCGGCGACGGCUCACCUGGGAGGCCACGCCCCGCUCCAUCCACGAGGGCAUUGCCACGGCCAUUAUGAACAGCGACUGCCUGGUGUUUGACACCUCCAUCGCGCAGCUGUUCGCUGAGAACGGAAACCUGGGCAUCAACGUCACCAUAUCCAUGUGCUGAGGACUGUCAGGUGGACAGCCACUAACACACACUUUCUCUCACACACACACACACACACACACGCUCCUGCACACACAUACUCAGACACAUUUCAGACUCUACAGGAAACCUGGGUUUGGAGAGGGGAUAAGAGCUGUCCCAAGGAACCUGUUGUUGUACAUUGUGAUUUAGAACGUUCACAGAUUGGUAAGAGCUUGAUGCAAACAAUGGAACUCUAUCCCUGGGAUUACAUUUUAGGCUUCACUACAAUAUUUGUUCAAUAAUUAAAGUAAAGGUUUUUCUGAGAAUAAUCCACCAAUGCCAUUCAACCCAGAGCACUAUGGAGUGAACACUUCAACAGGUGGAGCUCAGUUUGUGGUCUUUCUUUGCAGAGGGAAGCUGGCAGAAGGGUUACAGAUGGUGGGAAACUGGGAGUGGGUGGAAUCAAUUUGAGGGAGGGUGAGGCAUCAAAAACAACAGCAAAUAUUUUUAUUUUUUAUAUAUUGCAUUUCAGUUGAGUCGAAGUGAAAUUAACUUUUCUUUGAGUUCCAUUUAUUGAUGUUUUGGUUUUUAGUUCUGUCUUCUGUUUUUCCCCUCCUUGGAUGAGAAGAGAAGGUCCUGGUACUGUGUGCACGGACAUUGGCUGAGAAUAAGCUAGUUUGGUCUCUCCCUGGAGUCCAACAGUUUAUGCCUAAACCACUGAAUAUCUGACCAGGGGUGUAUUCAUUACACCAAUUCUGUUGCAAAACAUUUUGUCUGUUGCAAAACGUUUUACAACGAAAACAAGAGUUUCUAUUGGACAAAUUCAGGUAGGUCCCUCCCAGUUUCGUUCCGUUUGCUCUGUUUGGUUCUUAAAUGGUUUUCCGUUGCAAGAUGUAAUGAAUACACCCCAGGAAUGGGGACAGUUUCUACAGUUAUAAUAUUAUCGUCAUUAUUAAAUGGAGAUUGUUAUCAUAAUUAUCAUUUUUGUAAUGACUUUUAAUGAAUGAAAAAGGCUGUUGUAACCUUGUGGCUAAUCUUCAGUGUUUGUAGAUCAAUUGUGUCGUUCUUUCGAAAACUUCAAUGUAUUUUAUUUUGUAAGUUAGUUUUCUCUCGUCGUUUGUCCGUCUUUGUCUAAAUUCUGUUUGUGAGGACAGUGGGCGAAGCAAAGCCAAACAUCUCUGUGGAUACAUAGUACUGUUGCUGGUCCCCAUCUCUUAAUUGUAUUUAGCUUUUUGUUUUAUUUUGUCAUUAAAUAAAUCUAUCUUUUUCAUACCUUG